CGGCGGCGUCGCCCGCGUCCGGACAGUUUCCGCGCAUGUUCCCCUCGCUCCAGCUGCAAAUCGAGGGUCUGGAACGUCGCGCGCGUUAUUGUAUUUUGCUGGAGGUAGCGCCGGCGUCACGUCGCCGUCACAAGUACGUCGGAGGAGGAGGAGGAGGAGGAGGAGGAGGAGGAGAAAACGGCGGAACCGUCGGGUCCAGGGGGUGGACAUCGGCCGGACCGGCGGAACCCCAGCCCCACUUCAACAGGAGGGUUUACCUUCACCCCGACAGUCCGGCGACCGGGUCGCAUUGGAUGCAACAUCCCGUCAGCUUCAACAAACUGAAACUCACCAACAACGCGGUCGACCAUCACAGCAACGUCGUCCUCACCUCGAUGCACAAGUACGUUCCCCGCAUCUGGAUCGCUAGAUGCGACGACAUCGCGAGACUGACGUCGAUUUUCACUCAGCCGGCGUCGUCGUUCUGUUUCCCGGAAACGGAGUUCAUCGCGGUCACCGCUUAUCAGAACGAGAAUAUCACCAAGUUGAAAAUCGACAACAACCCCUUCGCGAAGGGAUUCAGAGAAACGGGCCAAUCCCGGUGCAAAAGGAAGCUGCACACCUUCGAGGGUCCUUCGGAUCCGACGCUGGACGCGGAUCGUCUGGGGGACUCGGGUUCCUUCAACGAGGACGAGGAGAGCAACGCUUCCUGCUCGGAAUCGGAGUCCGUGGUUCGGACACCUUCUCGCCUGGAGCACGAGGCGACGGAAUCCCAACGCGCGAAACGGGCGGCGAGCGAAACCGGAAGUUUGGACGACAGCGGGGUCAGCAGUUCCGGGAGCGCGAGCCCCCCGCUUUUGCCGAACAAAAAGCUCGACGUUCCCGCACCGCAACCGCGACUCCAUCGCCCGUGGACCGACGAGGAGACCGCGAGGAAUCGAGCCGACCGAUCCUCUCCAAAAUCAUCUUCCCCCUCGAGCGGUCGUCCGGCGGCGUCCCCUCAGAGCAGCAGAAGAGCGCAACGAUCGAAUCAACCCUCGAUCAACCCACGCCAUAUUCUCCCCGCUCAUCUCCAAGUAUCCGCCAUCGAAUUGGCGAGGAUUCAACAGCUCCAGCAUCGGUAUCAUCGGAUGCAGUACGAACAGUACUGUCAAAUGAGUCACAUGAACCAGUUGCACAAUUUGGCCUUCCAAAUCCCCUUCGCCGGCGUAGCUGCGGCUGGAUUAGCCGCCGCGGGACCCUUUGCGGGAUCACGGGGAUCGCCGCACCCUUGUUCAGCCGUACGAGGGCAAGGUCUCAAGUACCAUUUCGAUCUUCACUCCCCCGUUGGCACGCCCCCGGCCCAUUCGCCGACUACCUCCUCCGCCGAUGGAGCGUCGUCCUCCUCCAGUUGA